AUGCAACCUCCUGUAAAAUUGGUCGGUUGCAUGUUGAUUGGCCGAGACGAUGUGUCAGAUGAUGUCUCCAUUUUAUUUCACAGCCACGCUAUCAUCGUGUACGAACAGUCCUCCACAUCGCGUCGCCAGUCCCCUGCCUCCUCCUCCUCCUCCUCCUCAGUGGCGUUUGAAUACGUAUCGUGCCUGCUGGCGAGAAUCUGCCAGUGGCACGCACGAUCGAUAUGUCCGACCAUGAGCCAUCCAUCGAUCAUUAUUCGCCAUGACAAUAAAUCGAAGACAGAAAUACAGAGUACGAACUGGACGAAUAUAAGUGGGGUAGGGCAGAGAAUUCGGUCACUCAUUAACAACUAUCUAUCUAUCUAUCUAUCUAUCUAUCUAUCUAUCUAUCUAUCUAUCUAUCUAUCUAUCUAUCUAAUUCUCUUCCUUUAUUCUUUUCAUCUAUCUAUCUAUCUAUCUAUCUAUCUAUCUCAGUCUCUUCAUCUAUGUAUCUCUAUUCGUCUAUUUCAUAUGUUCGUAUCUAUCUAUCUAUCUAUCUAUCUAUCUAUCUAUCGCGCUAUUUAUUCUAUUCAUUUCAAGCCGCGGGGCGUUUCGGGUCACAGUUUAAUUUACCAAGAUCGGUCCAUAUCGUAUCAGGGGAGCCAGAUGUCCGCGCUGGCCUCUCGUUGUCUUCUGUUUCAAAACUGCCAACUGAGCCGCUCUGCAAUGGUUGAUUCGGGGUUAGGGGGAAUCAGAGAAAGAAAUAAUCGAUACUCCUCCCAUUUCUUUUUCUUUUCUUCUUCUUCUUCAAGACGUCAUUUUACGUCUCUCUUUAGUCCACUCGUUCGCAUAUUCCAUUCGUAUAAUGCAGCUGUGACCGGAGGAAAAACUCAACGACCUCAUCUAUCUAUCUAUCUAUCUAUCUAUCUAUCUAUCUAUCUAUCUAUUCAUAUACGUGUUCCAUAUUUCUUUUUCGCCUGUCCAGUUUAUGAAGGGCCCAAAUGUCUUUCUGCACAAAUAUUUAUUCCUUUUGAUCAUAUUUCCGCUGUUGACUUUCUUUUCAAAAAGUUUCCUUCUACACCUGAGGUAUUUUCUGAUUUUUUCGCCCGUUUCAUUUUGAGCUCAGUCUUAAAUAUUCAUCGUUUUCCAUUCUCUUUAUAUUCUUUAGAGAUAGCAGGAGUCGUGUUUCUUUUUUUUUCUUUCCUUUUUCUCUUUGUCUUUCUUUUCAACUUAUUUUCUUUUUUAUUUCUUUCUUAUCCCUUCUGUUUUCUCUUUUUUCUUCUUAUUUCUCUAUUUUUCUUCCUUUCGCUUUCUAUUCUAUUUUUCUUUCUUUUUAUCCUCACUUUAUUUUUCCUUCUUUUUUCUAUUUGUUUUCUACUUUGCCCUUCAUUUUUACUGUCUCUCUCUUUUCUUUCUUUCUCUCUAUUUUUCUCUUCGUCCUCCUCUUCUCUCUCUCUCUCUCUCUCUCUCUCUCUCUCUCUCUCUCUCUCUUCUUUCGUUUUCUGUUUUUCUUUGGGAUUUUUUUUUUAUCCUUUCUUCCAUUUCCUUCCUUAUCCUUUCUCUUUCUGUCUUUCCUUCCGCAUUUUUCUCGCUUUCUUUCAUUCCAUUAAACAAAACACAACGUCGAUCCUCAAGCAUUUGACGUUUUUUUUUUUUUUUGUUAAUGCUGGUCCUUUUCUUAUUAUCUUUUCUCCUUUUCCAUUUUCCCUUCCUUCCUUCUUUCUCUCUCUCUCUCUCUCUCUCUCUCUCUCUCUGCCUUUAUCUAUCCAUAUACCUCCCCUUUAUCUAUCUAUCACUCUCUUUCCUCCUUUACCAAGUCUACUCGACCAGCAGUCAGUCUCUCUUUUCCGCUUUUUACUAAUUCACAUGUCAUCCCUCUCAAUGGCCACUCUCUUUCUUUCUCUCUCUCUCUCUCUCUCUCUCUUUCUCUCUCUCUCUCUCUCUCACUUUCUCGCUUCUUGUUUCGCUCAAACCUUUCUCCAGCCUUACACCCUCUUCAUACACAUUCUCUUUCUUCCACUCUUGAUAUCUUCCUCUCUAUCACUCUCUUUCCAAAGUAUUUUUUGA